CACGGACGUUGCAGGUGAUUUGCUGUCACCCCAUUAGGUUUGGUUGUUGGGAAGUUAGGGAUAUAUGAUAUAUGUUUGGUCUUAUUGGGUUCGAGGUUUUGUUUGCUCUCGGGCUGUAUACCCUCUGAACAAGUCGGUUGAGAAUGUGUCUGAAUGUGUGCAUUAUCUACAGUAUAUUAUAGUUAUAAAGCAUGUGGUUCCCAUUUUGUGUGCCUCUUUGGCGAAUUCAGGAAGAAAUCCUGUGGAGGUAGUCUCAUUUCUUUGCCACGCCGCGGAGUUUGGCUGAAGUUUCUCCGAGCGACGGUCAUGUCAUGGCCUUUGCUAUCCUUGGUUCAACUUUACAAGCUUGAAAUUUGCACACGCUGGCCGGCCUAUUUUGCUCCAACAACAUCAACAAAAGCCAUGCACAUGAACCCCCGCACGCUUCUUUGAAAGCCGUCUCACGUUUUGGCCUUGAGAACUUGCUUGCCAUUUAGAGGUUUAGCCAGCAUAGGAGGCUGAACAGUGGAUGUUGCUGGGCGAUCUCGUUGAGCAGAUGCUUGACCAUGUUUUGUUUUUUUGUUUCUUUUCUCCGUGCUGCGAGGGACAAAUAACGUGAUAGGUCGUGAUACCAAACAUGGACCAUGGACAGAAAAGAGUUUCCAACGUUGGAGGAGUCAUCGGGUCCCAAGACCAGAUCCGAUCCGGGAACCGUUGUUCCAUGGGACGAUGUGUCGGUCUCGACCUUUCGGGUAGGGCCGACCACUGGGUAAGGCUGAAGAAGCUUGACCACUGGGGGGCAGCCUUGAUUUCAGGGCUAGGUUCGCAGUGGCAAAAAGAACUCAGGCCAGCGGCAGAAGAAAGGUGCGCAGAAGCAUCACAGAAAGAAGAUGGAGAAACAGUGCAGCCUUCAGCGCUGGAAGUGGCAUCAGCAGAGUCAGGCAGCACGUCAAACCGCAAGACAUUGAGUAUCCAAGGCAUUGAUGGCUCGUCGUUUCAUGUUUCAGUUGAGGAUGCUAUGACGGUGCAUGAUCUAUGCAAAGCUAUUGUGGCCAAGAUUGGCGAGAAGACCCACCGAAGGUUGAUGCUGACUUCUGCUGGUCAUGUUCUGGACAGUUCCAAGCCAGUCCUGCAGCAACUUUCUGAUGUUGAGGUGAUGUACGUGUCCAUUCCCGUGUCUGCUGGUGAUGCUGCAGUAGCUUUGCAGCGGGCCUUGGCAGAAGAGACUAGGGUGCACUUGUCCUCUGAUGAUGCUUUUGCAAUGGAUAUGAUCACGUAUGUGUCAUUCAGCAACAAAUUUAACCAGAGCUUGGAGGGUGUCACUUUGCCAAGUAGCUUGCAGACUUUGACCUUCGGCUCUGAUUUCGACCAGAGCUUGCAAGGUGUCACUAUUCAAAGCAGCUUGCAGACUUUGACCUUUGGAACCAAUUUUAACAAGAGCAUGGAAGGUGUGACACUGCCAAGUAGCUUGCAGACUUUGACCUUUGGUAGUCGCUUUCAACAGAGCUUGAAUGGUGUCACUCUGCCAAGUAACCUGAAGACCUUGACUUUUGGCCCCUCCUUCUACCAGAGCUUGCGAGGUGUUGCGUUGCCGAGCUGCCUGCAAGCUUUGAACUGCUGCCAGAACUUUGACGCUUUGCCAAACAGUCUACAUACUUUAACAUUCAGCAACUACUUCAACAUGAGCUUGGAAGAUCUCACUUUGCCAAGCAAUUUGCAGACAUUGGCCUUUGGCCGCGGCUUCAACAAGAGCUUGGAUGGUGUAACAUUGCCAAGCCGCCUGCGGACUUUGACGUUUGGUGACAACUUCAAUCAGAGCUUGGAAGGUGCCACUCUUCCAGAUAGCCUGGAGUCUUUGACCUUUGGCGAGAAGUUCAACCAGAGCUUAGAAGGUGUUACCUUGCCAAACAGCCUGCGGACUUUGACCUUCGAUGAGUUGUCGCACUUUAACCAGAGCUUGGAUGGUGUCACCUUGCCAAGCAGCCUGCAGACUUUGACCUUUGGUGGCAAUUUCGACCAGAGGUUAGAUGGUGCCACUCUGCCAACUAGCCUGGAGUCUUUAACUUUUGGCAACCAGUUCAACAAGAGCUUGAAAGGUGUUUGUUUGCCAAAGAGCUUGCAGACCAUAACCUUCGGCAGCACAUUCAACCUUAGUUUAGAAGGUGUCACAUUGCCAAGCACCUUGCACACUAUAACCUUUGGCUUCCAAUUUAACCAGAACUUGGCUGGUGUCAGUUUGCCAAGCAGCGUGCGAACUUUGACCUUUGGCAGCCGUUUUAACCAAAGCUUGGAAGGUGAUACUCUACCAAGCGGUCUGCAGACUUUAUGCUUGAGCUACAGUUUCAACCAGAGCUUGCAAGGUGUCACUCUUCCCACCGGCCUUCACACGUUGACUUUUGGAAACAAUUUUAACAAGAGCUUGGAAGGCGUCACUUUGCCAACCAGCUUGCAGACUUUGACAUUUGAUGGUAAUUUUGACCAGAGUUUGGAACAUGUCACAUUGUCAAGUAGCCUGCAGGCUUUGACCCUUGGCAACCGCUUCAACAAGAGCUUGGAAGGUGUCAUUUUGCCAAGCAGUUUGAAGACCUUAACCUUAAGCUACGGUUUCAACAAGAGCUUGCAAGGUGUGAUUCUGCCAAGCAGCUUGCAGACUUUAACUUUUGGCAAGUAUUUCAACAAGAGCCUGGCUGGUGUUGCUUUGCCAAGCAGCCUGCAGACUUUGACCUUUGGCGACUUUUUCAACCAGAGCUUGGAAGGUGCCAUUCUGCCGAGCAGCUUGCAGACUUUGAUCUUUGGCAGCAAUUUUGACCAGAGCUUGGAAGGUGUCACUCUACCACACAGCUUACACAGUUUGACCUUUGGCAGCAAGUUUGACCAGAGCUUGAAUGGUUUUACUUUGCCAAGCAACUUGCAAAAUUUGACCUUUGGCGAGAAUUUCAACCAGAGCUUGGAAGGUGUCACUCUGCCAACUAGCCUGCAGACCUUGACAUUGGGGGCGGGAUUCAAGCAAAGUUUGGAAGGCAUCCUGUGGCCAAGCGGCCUGCGCAACCUGGUUUGCAAAACAUUCAAUAUCACUUGCAGCGCCUAGUUAACAAGCACUCAAGCCAUGACCCUGCUGAAACGAGCAGGUGUUUGUCCGCACAGUGAGUGGUGAAAUGAGG